AUGAGUGAAGAAUUGAACCAGGACCGUAGUAUCAAGGAGUACAUGUACCCAACUAGGGCAAGCCAUCCUUCUUGCAUCAUUCUACCAGCUGAUGCUGACCAAUUUGAAUUAAAAGAAAGCACAAUUCAUAUGUUGCCUGUGUUUAGAGGGGUUGAUGAUGAAAACCCUUACCACCAUGUGAGUUCAAUUAUUCAAAACAAGACCCCACCUAAGUUUAAAGACCCGGGUAGUCCAACUAUCACAUGCACUAUAGGUGACGAUACAAUCGAUGCGGCUUUGUUAGACUUAGGCGCAAGUGUGAACCUUCUGCCAUAUUCUGUGUAUGAGCAGUUAGGUCUUAGGGAUCUGAAAUCCACCCAUGUUACGCUGCAAGUAGAGGAUAGAUAUGUAAAAAUCCCUCGUGGUAUUGUUGAAGAUGUAUUAAUCAAGGUUUAUAAGUUUUAUUUCCCCGUGGACUUCAUUGUUCUACACACUCAACCUAUGCAAAACCCAGACUGUCACAUUCCUGUCAUUUUAGGACGUCCUUUUCCGGCGACGUCCAAUGCUAUCAUAAACUAUCGAAAUGGAGUAUUGAACUUGUCAUUUGGAAACAUGAAUGUGGAAUUAAAUGUUUUUCGGGUUAGCCAACAACCUAUGGAUUUUGAUGAUAAUGAAUUGCAUGCGGUUAAUAUGAUUGAGAGUCUGAUCCAAGACUCAUUGCCUGACAUCUUAUUUGUGAACCCUUUGCAAGCAUGUUUAGAUAACUUUGACUUAGAUCUCUUUGAUUCUAAGUACAUUAGUGAGGUUUACUCUUUGCUUGAAUCUGUGCCACCCAUGGACAUUGCUAAAUGGCAGACUGCAGUAGAACCACUUCCACUUUCUGAUUCCGAGUCUGCCCCAUCUCUUGUCGAACCACCUAAGCUUGAUUUGAAACCAUUACCUGACACUUUGAAAUAUGCAUUCUUAGGUUCUUCUGAUACUUCACAUGUUAUUAUUGCAUCAUGUUUAGACAUAGAACAGGAGAGUAAACUUUUGGAAGUGCUUAAAGAGCAUAAAGAGGCCUUAGGUUGGACUAUCUCAGACCUUAAAGGUGAGAUUCUGAAAUUACUUGAUGCGAAUAUCAUAUACCCAAUUCCAUAUAGCCAGUGGGUCAGCCCCAUUCAAGUUGUACCCAAGAAGUAUGGCAUUACUGUAGUCCAAAAUGAAAUGAAUGAGCUAGUCCCCACUCGUGUAACCACAGGAUGGCGAGUCUGCAUUGACUAUAGGAAGUUGAACAUAAUUCACAUAGCACCUGCAGAUCAAUCAAAGACCACAUUUACUUGUCAUUAUGGUACAUUUACUUAUCGUCGCAUGCCUUUUGGGUUGUGUAGUGCCCCUGCUAUUUUUCAAUGUUGCAUGAUAAACAUCUUUCCUGACAUGGUAGAUAAAUUUUUGGAAAUCUUCAUGGAUGAUUUUCCUGUCUUUGGGUUGUCUGUUGAUGAAUGCAUCGUCCUAGGGCAUAUCGUUUCUAAAAAAGGCAUAGAAGUAGAUAAAUCUAAAGUUGAUCUCAUUCAACGCCUUCCUCAACCUCGCUCUGUGAGGGAGAUAAGGUCAUUCUUAGGCCAUGCCGGUUUUUACCGAAAAUUCAUCGAAAACUUAAGUAAAAUUUCAAGACCCUUAUGUAGUCUUCUUGCAAAAGAUGUUGCAUUUGUCUUUGAUGAUGCUUGUAAGGAAGCAUGGGAGCAAUUAAAAGCUCUUCUCACAUCUGCCCUUAUAGUCAGACCACCCGACUGGACCUUGCUAUUUGGAAUUAUGUGUGAUGCAUGUGACUAUGUUGUAGGAGUUGUUUUGGGUCAGCGAGUAGACAAACUCCCUUAUGUGAUCUACUAUGCUAGUAAAACACUUAAUGAUGCUCAACUAAAUUAUUCAACAACUGAGAAGGAAUUACUAGAUGUUGUAAUGACCUUGCAUUGGUUUAAACAAGACCGUUCUAAAUUCUUGGCUGAAGUGAAAUAUUUCUUUUGGGAUGACCCAUACUUGUUUAAAUACUGCCCUGACCAACUCAUUAGGAGAUGUAUCCCCAAUUCUGAACAAAGAGAUGUCAUCUCUUUGUGUCAUGACCAUGCAUGUGGAGGACAUUUUAGUGCCAAGAAAACUGCUGCAAAAAUCUUGCAGAGUGGUUUCUAUUGGCCAACAUUAUUUAAAGAUAGUCAUGCUUUCUGUGUUUCUUGUGACCGAAGCCAGAAAUUAGGAAGUAUCUCAAGAAGAAACAUGAUUCCCUUGCAACCUAUUUUGAUUAUUAAAUUGUUUGAUGUAUGGGGUAUUGAUUUCAUGGGUCCAUUUCCUAACUCUGAAGGUAAGUUUUACAUUCUUGUUGCUGUUGAUUAUGUCUCUAAGUGGGUAGAGUCCAUUGCUUCCAAAACAAAUGACCAGAAAUUUAUUCUUUCUUUUCUUAAAGAAAACAUUUUCUCUCGUUUUGGAACACCUAGAGCAAUAAUCAGUGAUGGUGGUACUCAUUUUUGCAAUAGACCUUUAUGCACAAGUAUGAAAUCACCCAUAAGGUAG